UCUUGGUCUCUAGGGGACGACUUUGAUGUCACUGCUCUGGACUUAUCGUUAUCAUCUACGAUAUCUGACUGGGCAGAGUUACCAACCCAUUUAUCUACCUUUCCAGAUGAACAAGGGGACAGACAGUUUGUCCCUGUUGAGCAGAAUAUCACCGUCCCCCAGACGAGGAACACAGAAACCCCCGUCCAGCAGAACUGGUUCAGCCAUCGCGGUUCGAUUGACAGUAAAUCGACACCCUUAAUGCAGGGGAACCAAGUGCAUGCCGACGAAUCAUACCGUGCCGGUCUAUCCCGUCGAUUACAGCCGCGAGUUCACGACGAGGCAUUGCCUCCUUUCGAUACGUUGAAUUUAUUCGCCAAGCUCUACUUUACCCGGUUUCAUCCACUCUUCCCUGUCAUACAUGCUGCCUCUUUCCGACCGACGACGGAGAAUGCUCUUCUGUUUCUUUCUAUCUGCUCUGUGGGCAGUCUGUUUGCGGGCUCACAGCGGGCUGUUGCACAGGGAACACGCAUCUUUGAGCGAUUGAACAAAGCAAUACUUGCUUCGUGGGAGUCUAUCCUUUCAGGGAGUAAAUGCGAUGCUGUUUUAAUGGUCCAAGCGGGGGUGAUCGGACAGACGUUUGCAAUCCUGUCAGGGCGGCCAAGAGAUCUCCUUCUCGCGGAUGUAUUGCAUGGGACGGUAAAUGCCUGGAUGCGAGAAGCUACCAAGGGAUCUCCAAUCCCACCGGAUAGAGCUCUGGAUACUGCCCUGAGCAUAGAGGAGAACUGGCAUCGGUGGGUUGAUGCGGAACAGCAAGCCCGGAUAUACCAUGCUCUUCGUAUUCAUGAUGCAGAACUGGCUAGUUUACUGCAUCACGAACCUGUACUGAGACAUCGGGGCGGACAAAAGCCAGACCUCGCACCGGAUGUCCUCUUUACAGCUCCCACAGCUGCGAAAUGGGCUGCAUUGUAUCAUCGGCUGGAAGAUCCAACGGACAUCAUCCCGCAUAUCAAUCUCAACUCAAGUUUCUCCGCAUACAGCCAACUAGAAAGCAUCAACGCCCGUCUCAUCGAUGCACGACGAUCUCACUCAUUCGACACUGACACCGCAAACGAAAUCUCCCACCACCUCAUCGAAUGGCGAACACAAUACAACCAAACCUCCCUAUCCACAGACACAGACCCCCUCUCCCUCCCGAUUCUCUGGCACGCAAUCUACCUCUCCCUCUAUGCCGAUAUAAACCUCCUCGAACAAGCCAUCGGCCGCGACGGCCACGACCAAUCAACCAACUCCGCACACGCAGCAUGCACCUGGGCCUCCUCCCCUACGGCAAAAAACAGUCUCAUCCACGCACUCCUCAUCCAGCGACACAUCGAGACGAUGCGCGUAUCUACUGAACCCGCAAUACACGUCCCCCGCGCCCUGUUCCAUGCGGGGCUCGUCUGGCUCUCGUUCUGGAGAUUCACGACUGAUCGACAGAUGAGAAUUGCGGGGUAUGACAGUAUUCCGGAAAUACGGAUGCUGGGAGCUGAAACUGUGAAUAUGGUAGAGGAGGGAAUGUGCGAGGAUGGAGGCCAUGUUGUGUAUCGGGUGAUGGAUUUGUUGAGGCGCGUUGGACGGUGGGGGAUUGCGGAGACGUUUGCGAGGGUUUUGGGGACUGCUGUUGAGGGUGUAUGA